AUGAGUAAGUACCAAUUAUUUAUUUAGUAGGACUUAUUGUUAAACCAAAAAUAGAAUUUGAAACAAAAUAAAAGCUCUCUGAAACCAAUAGAUUUUCUUGGUUAUAUACUGGGGAUUCUGCAACUUUUUGA